AUGGUAUCACUACGAUUUUCACGACUCGCGCCCGUACUGGUAGGACUGCUGGCCGUGGUAAACGCAAACGCCCUGGCCAAGCGUAAUGGCACUUGUACUUUGUUGAACCAAAGAAAGUCGUGGAAUGUCCUGAACGACGACGAGCGAUCAGAGUUUCUUCGCGCCAACAAGUGCUUGAUGGAAAUUCCGCCCCGGACAGGCACAAUUUGGAACGCGCAGAACCGAUGGGACGAGUUCAGCUACGUCCACAUUAGCAUGGCCAACUAUAUUCACGACUCGGGCCAGUUCCUGGCGUGGCAUCGCUGGUACAUCAAGGUGCUUGAGCUCGACCUGCAAGAGUAUUGCAACUACACUGGUGCUCUCCCUUACUGGGACGAGCUCAAGGACCAGGCAACUGCCCCCCUCAACGAGUCUGCCAUCUUCGACCCCGUCAUGGGUUUUGGCGGUGAUGGCGAUCCCAACAACAAGUACUGCAUCUCCGACGGCCCGUUUGCCAACAUCACCUUGGUCAUGAAUAUGACGAGCAACUUUGCUCACGACUGCCUGUCGCGACAAUUCAACCAGACUCGGUUCGACCUAGGCCCUGACAAUUGGGAUCUGUGCAAGGAUUAUAGCAAUUAUACCACUUACUGGGAGUGCAGCAGCAACAACAUUCACGGUCUCGGACACAUUGGUGUCGGCGGAACAGAAGGACUGAUGGCCAACGCCGUGACAUCUUCCGGAGACCCUCUCUUCUUCCUACACCACGCCUGGCUCGACCGCGCAUGGUGGAAGUGGCAGCUACAAGACAAGGAAAACCGCCUCUAUGAUAUGGGCGGCAGAAACAUGGAGCUGGACAUCAUGGUCUCCUACCUUGGAUUGUCCCAGCCAAACAAGUUUACUACCGACUACAGUGGCGACGGAGACAGCAACACAACCACGCUCGGCCACGUCCUCUACACCCACGACCUCCGGGCAAACGUGACUGUUGGAGACGUCAUGGAUUUGAACGCCGAUACCAUCUGCGCCGAAUACGUCGACGAUGGAGGAUUCAAUUACACACUAGGCUACUAA